AAGUCUACGUGCCCAAAAAUGGGAAAGGCAACAAGUCCCAUUGCUCGAGUCGUCUCUACCACGAGGCCCGGUGCCACCAUCAAGUAGUUCGUCAUGCACUUACAUACCGGGCCAAGGCGGAGGCCCGUGCCCGUCUAUGGAAGCUUCUUCUAAGGCUUCCACGGCCGCCAAAGGUGGUGGCGUUAACUAA